AUGUCUCGUCCAUCGCAAGACAUUGAGGCCGCCGAUAUGGACAAGUCCUAUGUGGACAAUGUGGAGGUUGUUGCCAAUGCCAACAAGCCCAAUCCGAGAAAGGAGGCACCGGCCUAUGUUGCUGGUUUGUCGCCCGAAGAGCGUGCGGCGGCUGAAAAGGCUCUCGUUCGCAAGAUUGAUAUCCGCCUGCUGCCCAUGAUUAUUAUCAUGUACAUCCUCAAUUACCUUGACAGAAACAAUAUUGCUGCGGCUCGAUUGGCUGGUUUGGAGAAGGACUUGGGCCUCGUUGGUAACCAGUACCUGACAUGUGUUAGUAUCUUGUUCGUUGGUUACCUCUUGAUGCAAAUCCCCUCCAAUUUGCUCCUCAACAAGUUCGGAAAGCCUGCUAUCUACCUCCCCACUGCCAUGGUCCUUUGGGGUAUCAUCUCGACGGCCACUGCAGCUGCUCACAACUUUGCCGGUCUUGUUGUGAUUCGGUUCUUCCUCGGUUUUGUCGAGGCUGCUUACUUCCCCGGCUGCCUCUACUUCCUGAGUGCGUGGUAUACCCGCAAGGAACUGGGCUUCCGUACUGCCGCCCUGUACUCUGGCUCUCUCCUCUCGGGUGCCUUCUCCGGUCUCAUUGCCGCAGGUAUCACCAGUGGCAUGGAUAACAAGCUUGGUCUUCGUGCCUGGCGCUGGCUGUUCAUCAUCGAAGGCGCUAUCACUAUCGUCGUCGCUGUGAUCGCCAUCUUCGUCCUACCCAACUUUCCCCGUACCACUAGCUGGCUUACCGAAGAGGAGAAGGAACUCGCUGCUUGGCGUCUGGAAGAGGAUAUCGGCGAGGACGACUGGGUUGACAGCGAGCAGCAGUCCUUCCUGCACGGUGCAAAGCUUGCCUUUACCGAUAUCAAGACAUACAUUCUGAUGCUUAUGAUCCUGUGCAUCGUCUCCUCCGCCUCCGUCACAAACUUCUUCCCCACCGUCGUCAAAACCCUUAACUACGGCAACAUCGAAACCCUCCUCCUUACCGCGCCUCCAUACUGUCUCGCCGUCAUUUGCGCAUUCGCCAAUGCCUGGCAUGCCGAUCGCACGGGCGAGCGUUAUUUCCACGUCACACUUCCGCUAUACGUCUCCGUGGCAGCCUUCAUCAUCGCUGCCGCUACGACCAGUACCGCCCCUCGAUACCUCUCCAUGAUGCUCAUGGUGCCGUCCUUCUACUCCGGAUACGUCGUGGCUCUGGGUUGGAUCUCGAAUACCCUGCCUCGUCCGGCGUCGAAGCGUGCUGCCGCCCUCGCUGCUAUUAACUGUGUCAGCAAUGCGAGCAGUAUCUAUGCUAGUUAUAUGUAUCCUACCAGCGAUGGCCCGCGGUUCGUUCCUGCUAUGUCUGUGAACUGUGCUACUGCGUUCAUUGCUAUCCUGGCUGCUACUGCCCUGCGGUUCAUCCUGGUCCGUCUGAAUAAGAAGCUUGAUCGUGGUGAGCACGUCGAGGGAUCUGUUCCUGGUCAUGCCAGUAGCCGUGGCUUCCGUUUCUUGGUUUAG